CCUACCUCGACCCUUGCGGCCCUGCCACCCCCGCCGGCCGCUUCCCGCAAUGUGAUCGACGGAGCUCUCUCACCCAUUGUUUGCGCCGAACCACCAACGAUCCGACAGGCCGCCCGGACAACUUCCGUCCGAUACACCAGUCUCCGAUUUUGCCGUCCCCAAGGGCCCGGUCAAUCAGCCCUCCGACCGGCCUGCGCGCGGCCGCCGAGAUCGAUUAGUUGCGACCAAGCAGUUUCAACCGAAGAUCUUCGAUCUUCCAAGCUGACAACCUCCAUUCAACGAAACCAAUGCGCCGAUAACGCUUCGUGAACCUUAUUACUGUAUACAGCCUUAUUAAUAUCUACCAUCACAUAAUCAACCAACAUCAAUGGCGCGAAUACACAUCUUGACCAUCUUCGUCCUCUCCCUUCUCUCCCUCGUCAGCGCCUCCGCCCCAACCUUCUGUAAAUGCACCUGCUUCUCCAACAGCACCAUAAUCCGUCUCGGCCCUCAACCCGAUGACCCAGCCAACAACAAUCCUCAACAACCACCACCGUCCAAACCCACCGCGACCAUGACCGCCACCGCAUCCCCUCCAAACAGCCCACGGUCCCCGAACGAUCAAUCACAAUUUCUCCAUCUCGGUGGAUCCAAACGCGCAGCCUCGUCUUCCUGCACUCAAUGCAACCGCGCCUUCUGCCUGCAAUACAACCUGCCGAUCUGCAAAGACGCCGAAGAGAAGGACGUGACGACGACCUGUUUUCAGCGAGAUAGCAGGAAGGACGAGAUCAUUGUGUGGGGGUUCAUUUUGAGCACGGCGGGACUGCUGGGAUGGGCGGGGGUGAGGAGGGUUUUGGAGAAAGGACGGGUGUCUGGCUUUGGAGGAGGGGGAGGAGGUGCCGGGGGGAGGUCGGGGAGGUCGGGAUUGAUGGGUGGUCUUGGGGGGACUGGUGGUAUUGGAGGCAGUAGAGCCGGUGGGAAUGCCGGUGCUGGUGCUGGUGGCUUGGGAGGGAUUGGAGGGGGGUUAUUCAGGAGGGCUUUCAGCGGGGGAGCAGGAGGGCAAGGGCGAGGAGGAAGAGGAGAAGGAGAAGGAGGUACAGGACAGGGGGCAUAUAGUCCCCUUGGAGGGGAAGGGCGCUGAACUCGGUCAAAUUGUAAGAUGGGGAGAUGAUGAAAUGUUAUGUCUUUUCAUGGUUUGUGUGGGGCGUUAUGGGUUAUGGAUUGGGUUUUUACCAUGAGCCUGAGCGUGCGCGUGGACUGGUUCGUGAAGCGAGUGAUCGAAGUGCAAAUAUGCUACGGAAUAAUAUAACAUCCUCAUGACUUUGGGUCUAUCGGAGAUCUGUCUGAGCCGGCUGAGGUGUGCUGCUUAGUUAUACCUCCUUCUCAGGAUCUGAGCUGAAAGGGCACGGGUGGACUAGCUCAAGAGCUUUAAGCCGUGAACGAUGUGGCUUAUCUGAACUCACUGCUCUCUGAGAGUGAGGACGAUGUGGACAUUGCGCUUCUGAUCAGGUCGCAUAGCGAGAUCACAUAC